GUACAUAAGUACCGAUAUUAACAAGCAUCUAUCAGUGUUCAAGUGCAAUCUGUUUUGUAGAACGUCUAGCAAGAGGAGCACCAUACAACAUGCGUUUCAUACUUCUACUGGCGUUAGUAGCAGUGACACUAGCGGAGGAGGUUGCAAAGGAAUCAGAUCCGAGCCCAGAGCUUAAGCCCGAAGAGUCUGCGCAACCCAUCCGAGUGCACGAAGAUGAGCAUCAUGAUCAUUACCAUGACGGCUUGGAUCUGAUCCGAAGCCGUGCCGAACGCUUGCACUUGCAUUUUGACGAUCAUCAUCAUCAUAGCCCUGGACCAAAAGGUCCCGUGAAAGUCGACUACAAGGAUGAUGACAUCUCAGUCCCUGUGGUCCUACGUACCUCACACGUACACCCAAUCCAUAGUACACCAAAUAUCGGCCUUCAAAACAAGAUCAUCCAUGACGUGUACAGUCCAGACUACUACCAGCCCACCUGGAUACUUGACUACAGAUACCUGAAGACGGGCGGCAGGGACUACACCCGAGGUCCAGGCGGUCAGAUCCUCAUUCUGCCUAAAGAUGUCAAGAGCAAGGAUCACAAGGAGUUCCCUGACUAUGACCAUUUGAUCGAGCACCUGCGCUUGAGUCGCUUAGCAGAACACUCGAAGUACGGCAAACAUGGUUACGGAUAUGGUCAUCACGACGAUGGACACCACUACCCCUACCAUGAUGAUCAUCAUGAUCACAAGCACCACGGUCACGGCCACGGCCACGGCCACGCUCACCAUCAUAGCUCAUGGAAAUCGGGUAUCUACUGA